CUAGGCUUCAGAUACAGCACUGUCAGCUAUCUACUGAGAUGACCGAGAAGUUGUGGUCCUGCCUCAGAUUCUUCACGUCACUAAAACAGCUCAGCAUCGCAGACUCCUCUCUCAGUUUCCCUCCGUCUCCUCCAGAGCUUCCAUCCGUUACGAAGCUAUCCGCCGAGAGAGUAACGCCGCAAAGCUACGAAGCAGUGCUCUCAUCGGUACCAGGUGUGAGAGAGAUCGAAAUCUCUAUCGAUAAUGCAGAGACGAACAACUCUUUUCAGAUCACCACCGCAUCCAGGCCAAAUGGUCAGAGCGGGCUUAGGGAUAAACAGAUCUUCGUUCAUAUCAAACUACACGCCUGGCAAGGACUCACCACCGACAGGAAGAUUGAUUCAGGAGAGUCAAUUGGAGGGCUUAGUCUUCUAUUUGAGGACCAAACCAAAAAACAGCAGCGGCUGCAUGUGUCCGGGGUGAAGGGCAGAGACGAAGAAGCCUUGGUUGACAUGUUUGUCAAGACUAAACAACUAACGUACUUGAAUUCGGAGAGUGGAGGUGGUUCUCUAAACAAAAAUUACUCCAUCCAGAUUCUUCACGUCACUAAAACAGCUGAGCAUCGCAGACUCCUCUAUCAGUUUCCCUCCAUCUCCUCCAGAGCUUCCAUUCGUCAAGAAGCUAUUAGCCGAGAGAGUAACGCCGCAAAGCUACGAAGCAGUGCUCUCAUCGGUACCAGGUGUGAGAGAGAUCGAAAUCUCUAUCGAUAA